AGUUGUGUCAUUCUUUGUUGAACCGUAGGCUACUAGGUUCACCAUGACUUUCGACUUUAAGUUUCUCUUGACAGUGGGAAGGUUGAGCUCUUUAUAGAGUCUUGGUUCUUAUGUCUGCUAUAAGAUUUUUAUAUAUUCAGACUUCGCGUUUCCGUGGUAGUAACCCGAGUUAGCAAUACAUACUUGACAUGGAGUUAGAUGAUGAGUGCGAGUUUGACUCCACAUGGGAGGAAGAAUACGAAAAUAAAACACCAAUCAAGAAGAUCUGCAGAAAGAGUCGCAGGAACAGGUGUGCUGCAAAGGACAUGCAAGAAUUUCGGCACAGUGUUCGGAACCUUGAUGAUGAUGAUGAUGAUGAUGAAGAACCAGGCGAAAGCCACUUCUAUAACCUGGAGUUUUACCGAGGUCGAAAAACAUCUUCACCUGAUGACUUUCACAUUGAUAAAUUUCACAAGCAGUGGAAGGGUCGAUAUGACAAGCUGGAAAACUGUCACUCCUACAUUCAGUGGUUGUUUCCAAUACAAGAGCCAGGGAUGAAUUGGAGAGCACAUGUGCUCACAAAAAAGGAAAUAAAGCUUUUUCGUAAAGAUGAAGAAGCAAAGAGGAAAUUGGUGGAGUCAUAUAAGCUCAUGCUGGAUUUUUACGGUAUACGUUUGGUCAAUGAAUCAUCAGGAGAGGUGAAACGUGCUAAUAACUGGGAGGAACGCUUUAAGGACUUGAACAGAUAUUCACACAACAACCUGCGCAUCACACGCAUCCUGAAGUGUUUGGGGACUCUUGGAUUGCAGCACUACCAGGCCCCACUGGUCAAGUUCUUCCUCCAUGAAACUCUUGUGAAUGGACAACUUCAGCAUGUGAAACAAAGCGUAUUAGAUUACUUUAUGUUUGCUGUGUUGGACAAGUCAGAGAGACGAAAGCUGGUUAGAUUUGCCUUUAAUCAUUUUAGGCCCCAAGAUCAGUUUGUCUGGGGCAGUGGCAGAUUUAGGCAUGAGCGACAUGUGCAAACGUCAAGGGUGCCAUCUUGCCGGGGGCACGCAGGGAGCCCGCCCAAAAAAAAAAAAAAAACGGAGCACAGAUUCAACAUUAAAUCUUUCAUAUGCAUGUCAGGACGAUGAUAUCAUGUCACCUUGUGGGCCAAUUAACCAGGUCGGGACUGUGCAGAGUGGGCAAACUACCAACAGAAUUUAGGCACAGAUAGUGUUAAUCAGUUUUUUUUUAUUGUGCAUUGAUUAAAAAGAAUCUGAGGCAGGCUGUGUGUUGAGAAGUUUGAUAGAAUGCCCAAACCAAUCAAAAAAUAACACCAGAAAAUUGUAGUAUUUUUCUUUCAUUAGCUGAAAGUAACAGCGUGGCACGUUAUACAUGAGGUGGCUUCAGUCUCUAGCGGAAAAGCAGAGGCUAAUAAUCACACGAGUGAAAACAGGCAGAAAUAUUUUCUUCUUUCUUUUAUGGAUUAUGAAAUGAGAAUUUAAAAAAAAAUGUCCCACUCGCGCUCGUCUAUAUAAUGGCAGUGAAAAUAGUGACCACCAAGCUGUUUUUAAAAAGAAGCAAAAGUAUCACAGAACAAUCCCAUGCGACAUGUGCCAUAUAUUCCAAGUGUUCUGGCGGUAUACAAUAGGUUUUGGUGAAAAACAAAUGAAAAUCCUGACCUUGUGUAGUAAAUGUAAUUUUUUUUUUUUUUUUUUUUACUUUUGCUUAUUAUGACAUGCACUGAGUCAAUUUAGUCUCUUCUGACAAGAUGAUUUUUACUAAAGCCUGACUGCUUGACAAGAAAUGAAGUAAAGAAACAUUUGAUGAUGAAGCAAAGGUUGCACUACAAAAAAAAAAAAAAAAAAAAAAACAGUAGGUCUACAUGUUAGAUUUGUGAGUUCUCUGAUUUAAUCUAUUCUGAUUAAUUAUUUUACUGAGAAUACUGGAAAUAUAUUGGAAAUUGUGUGAAGUUUUGAAACUUAAGCAUUUAGUUACAUGAUUUAACUGACUAAAAACUUAAAAUUUGUAUGCUUUGUAUAAAUGCAAUACUGUAGUAGGUGAUUCUGUUAAAGUAUAUGUAAACAUGAUACUGUUUUGGUUUAUCAUUGAGGUUUGUAUGUCUAGAUGAGAAGGUUUCAUCUCUGUCACAUUAUCAGAGUGGAAUAUGCACACUACACAUUAUACAAAGGUAAACUGUCUUAAUAAGUUUUGUAAACUGUACACUCAUGUUUUUAUGGGAAUAAAUACCUGGAAGUCA